CGUACUAAAUGGUCGUGAAUAUGAAGUGUGUAAUAAAUUUUAUCAUUUUAAUACUUCCAUUUAGUCUUGCAAUAAAUUCUGAUUAUGUUUAUGAAUUCGGCAGCGAUCAGGGUCAGAUUAUCUAUACGAAAGACGGUACAAUUUAUUUGUUCCAGCGAGAAACUAAUAUUGACAUUCCUGUCCCUACUGGUAUGGCCGUAUCAUAUGUGAAAAUCACUGUCAAUGCUCUAUCACCGCCAAAAGUGGAUUAUGACAAUUUGUACCACAGAGUAUCGAUUAAGUACAGCUGGGUGCAAAUAGCACAAUCAACAUACAACAUCAUUGUUAAAGGAAUUCCUAACGCUUAAAAUAAAGACGCAAAUAUUAAGAUAAAUUAUU